AUGUCCACUCUCUACUCUACCUCAGCGCUUGCGCGUCAUUCGAUCCCAUUCGACUUUGACCCAAGAGAUUCUGGCAACGUUUUGGUGGGCUACAAUGCUUUUGCUUUGACUGGCAUCCCGAAUGUGAAAGACCCGGCUGGAAGAGAUCAAGGUGGAGCGCCAGCAAUCCUCGAAUUUCAUUCGGAACCCGCUCGGACCGGAAACCGGAUUUCAUGCCCAGAACCAGGCUGUUCUUCAACAUUUGGAAAGCGGAAGAGUCUCUAUCGGCACCGAAGGACAGUCCAUCACAAUGGCAGACACACAUGUAAAAGUUGCCGCGAAGACUUCAAACGACGAGACAUUCUGGAUCGCCACGUACGUGAGCAGCAUCAGGAAACCACUGACACACUCGAGUGCGUGUUGUGUGGAAAAGAAUUGAGGCCUCGGAGUUACCCACUCCACCGGAACACCAAUGCUUGUUAUAACGCUGCUGGAAUAUCUCCAGCCGAUGUCCUCGCUGCGCCCGUGGAAGUUGUCAGACUGGGGGUAGAGCUGCUUGUGAAGUUCAGACCCUGGGGCCAAAAUCAUCACUACUUGGACUGGCAUCCAGUGCCAAAUGCACACAUCGAGAUGACGAACGAAGUAAGAGAGCUGGAGAGACUACUACAUCGCCAAUUGAUCAUAGCUCUGAACUCGGAAUUUGUCGAAAAAGAUUCUUCAUUCGUUGACGCUCUCUCCAUCAUCAAUGUCUUCACCUGCCAAACGCGAGGGUGGGAAGCAUCCAUGGUCCAUUGCAAGGCACUUGUUUUCCUUGCCAUGCAUCAGAUCAUGGCCCUCGGAAAGGAGAUUACGAGCUUCAAAGAGCCUUCUAAGGGUGCUGUUGAGGUUCUUCGCACAGUUCUCUUGAGCAACGUCCCUGAGCACUAUGUGGCGAUAUGCGAGGACUUUCUCGUCCGGUUGCUGAGAAUGAUGCGAAGCGCUGCCUGCGUCACUGGGUUCUUGUGCUUUGGUCAUCCUAAAGCCCCAAUUAUCGAGUCGGCCGAUGUAUGGUACAAUCGCUGGAAGACGGAGAUUUGUGCGGUAGCUUACCCUACGCGAAAAGUAACUUGCUAG